AGUAGACUACUGCGGACCGGAUAAACAGGAUAUUCAAUAUGGCGUUUAACCGUGUCGGUUCGACUUGUCUGAAGUCUUGGCUGAAAAUGUAACUUCUUUGUCUAGUGGUUUUCAUUUUUCAGCGACCAAACUUGUAAUGCGCCCGUCUUCAAAGUAUUUCCUUACACUCCGAUAACGUUAGUUGUUUGCCAUCCCAGAAGAAUGGCAACAUUGGACCUUGCCAAAGAGGAUGGCGGCUUCGCAGAUACUGCCGACGGUCCUCCGUCCUACACGGAAAACCUCAUUGGGACGCUGCUUGCAAUAUUUGGAAACCUACUUGUCAGCAUCGCCGUAAGCAUUCAGAAAUACAGCCAUGUGGUACUGGCUGGAACCAAAGACCCGCGGGCCUUCUACAGGACCAAGACCUGGUGGUGUGGGCUGCUUCUGACCCUACUGGGGGAGGGCACCAUCUUCGCAUCUUACGCCUUUGCUCCUGUGUCUCUCAUAGCGCCUCUUAACGCAGUCUCUGUCGUUGCGAGCUCUAUCCUAGGUUUUAUUUUUCUGAGGGAGAAGUGGAAGGCUAAGGAGUUUUUAAAGCGGUACAUUCUGUCCUUUCUGGGCUGUGCCUUGACUGUGGCAGGGACCUACCUCUUUGUGACGUUUGGGCCAAACUCGCAUGAGAAGCUUAAUGCAGAGAACAUCAUAAAGCACGUGAUUGGAUGGCCUUUCCUCCUGUAUAUGCUUCUAGAGAUCAUCGCUUUCUGUCUGCUGCUAUACUUCUAUAAACAGCGCAACGCCAAUUACCUCAUCAUCAUCCUCAUGCUAGUGGCCCUGCUGGGCUCAGUGACGGCCAUCACAGUGAAGGCUGUGUCUGGGAUGCUGGUCCUCAGCAUUCAGGGCUCCAUGCAGCUUGGAUACCCCAUCUUCUACGUCAUGCUGGUGUGCAUGGUUGCCACGGUCACCUUCCAAGCGAGGUUUCUGUCCCAAGCAUCAUACCUGUACGACUCCUCUCUGAUUGCAUGUCUCAACUACGUCCUGUCUACAACCUUUGCUAUUGUAUCAGGAUCCAUUUUUUAUAUGGAGUUUAACCAUGAAGAUGUUCUCCACGUCUGCAUGUUCCUGUUAGGAUGUGUGGUCUGCUGCCUGGGAGUGUUUCUGAUCACCAAGAACCGGAAGAAGGCCAAAGCGUUUGAGCCGUACGUCACCAUGGACAUGCUUCAAGGCGUUCCCACCAUUCAUGACAAGGGCUGGGCAGUCCAGCCCGACUACAACGGCUCCUUCUCAUACGGUGCACUGGUGAACAACGACAGCGUUGGUCCGGCGACCCUCCCCGUGAGCCAGGAGCAUGUCACUGUGGCGUCGACCCCCCAGAAAGCCUUUGAGCUGAAGAGAGACUAACGGUUGGGGGGGGGGGGGGGGUGUCAUUGAACAGGUGUACCGCCUCAUUCCACGCUCCUUUCCUCAUUUCAUCUUCCUCAUGGACCCAAAACUGGAGUAAUCCAGAGUCGUCUCAACCUGCUGGUCUAUUGAAGGCGUGAUGAUACCUCACUCACAAAUGGGGACUGACAUGAAGUCUUUGUUUCAUUGAGACAACUGGAAAGGAAAAGUUGUUUUUGUUGUAGCAAGAAGUAUGCAAGAUGCUGUUGUCAUGGUGUGUCUCCAGAUUAUGAUGUGGCAAUAAGCCACACUGUUAACUACUGUUUUAAAAGAAAAGAAAAAAACACAAACUUAAAAGUCUUAAAUACAGCACUUACACAGUCGGACGAAUGAAGAGGAGACUGCUCUGACCUUCCACUCCUCAUCUUUUAUCUGAUCCACUGACCUGCUCGGUCACAUUGCAUCCCCAUAGUGCAGACCACACCUGGACACUUUACUACAGACCACUGGCUGUUCAAAAAGCACCCAUUCCAAAAGUGAUGCUUGUGUAGUUGUCUUUUUCUCUGGCUUCCUGUUUUUGGACCGCUACUUUGCCCAUGCACCCAAGCUGAAACCUAUGUUUGGAUAUGUACUUUGUGGUCUUUCCUCUUAAGGUCCCUCAUCAGUAUAAAGACAGCCAUGAGAGAAUAGCUGCAACCCAGAACAAAAAAUAACUGAACGACACUUCAGAGCUGAUCUUUGGUAGUAGGUGUGGUGACAAACCAGGCUCUCAUUGGCACUGCAUGAGAUGCCAGUGCACUCCAUCGUAUGACUUUGCGGUAAGGCUGCACUCCAAAGCAGUAAUGUAUCGGGAUGGAUAGAUUUCUCUGUUUUUGUUUUGUUCUUCAAAUUGGCAUUUGUUCAAAAGUGAUGGAGUAGUAAAAGUAGUCCAAACAAAUAAUUUUAGAAAACAACAGAUUCAUUACAGUGUCAUCACUAGUGUCAUUUAAUGUGCAAGUGUUUCCCAGGAAAGUUUCCUGUUGAGGUUGUAAAAUGUAAAUGAAGGUUUUAUGGCUGCUCAUCACUAUAAUAAGCAGUGAUGUCCAAUGAGAUGUAUGCGUUUAUGAAGACCGCCUUAACCCUCAACUUACAGUUAUUUUGCCUUUGUGGUCUCCAUAAUUUCCAAGUGCCUAGAACACUGAUUUCAAGUGCCGAGGGCAGGUACACUCUGAGUUGUGUAGCUUUUUUCAUGAUGCUGUUUGUCUUAAAGAAGUAAUAAUUCCAUGCUUUUGGGGGUAUUUAAUGUUGAUGUAAUGGUACAGAUGGAGAAAGCCUUUAAAGAAUUACAUUUGCUGUGUUUUCCAGGUUUUGGUUUUAUUGUGCUGAUGUCAUAACUGUUGUCAAAUAUUAAUUUAUAACUCCCCUUCUGUUGCCAUUGGUCAUCUGUCUUUGCUUGCUAUACUGGUUAUGAAGGUAUACAUUGUAAAUUAUUGUCAGUAUAAUAUAAGAAUAUGAAAUGAAUGCUGCCUGUGUUAGUAUUCCAAUGCAAGGGAACUACAGACUGUCAUUGCAUUUAUGGGACCUAAAUUAAUAUAAUCAAUACCUCGAGGAUCAAUUAUAACUAAAUUAAGUUAUAGUGUGAAUGUGUUGAGGAAUGUGACCUAGGCUCCUCCGUCAGACAUGAACACCAUGUCAAUAGUAUACACAAGACAUGUACACACGGAGGCGUAUACACAAAUAUUAGUCAGGAAAGGAUCCCUGUCUGUUAAGAAGUUACUGUUGUAAGAUGCAGUUGAAAGCAGUUGGUCUGUGUUGAUGGUACUUAUUGAUUCCAGAGCCCAGUAGACUCAUUGAAAUAUAUUAUUAUUUUCUCAGACAUGACUAUAACAGAUUAUCUAUCAGAAUGUGAAGACCCCUGGCUAAAGAACUUAAAAAAAAACUACCACAAUCAAAACCUUUCAUUCUUCAUUUUGCAGAUUUGCUGAACGAUGGAGAGGUUAUGAUGGGUGUUGGAGAAUUUCAUGAUAAAAUGUAAUGGAAAAUCCUGUCACAUAUAAACCGAGAGAUCACUGACAUAUUUGUGUGGAUAUGCUUCUUUAUGUCAUCUCCAAUGGGGACCUAAUCACCAUCUAAGACUCGUCAUGCGGCCCGAUGUUUGUCACGUGCAGCGCGUUCACAUCAAAAGGGAACAAUAAAAUGACCAACAUGUGGCACAUGUCCCACCAAGUGAGCUAAUGUGUGAGCGCCAAGACUGUUCCUCAUCUCUGCAAUAUAACGUAAACCAGUGCAUAACCCAACUGGUGUGUUUGACAUACAAAGACCCAUUAUUUGUCUUUAUUCUACCCCCUUUUCUCCAGUGCAUAUGGAAAUGGUAUAGGAUGACUUCUCAGAAGCUGGUGAUCUUUGUUGGAGCUAGAAGUGAUACCUUAGACACCCUUUUGUGCACCGUAACCCAUACUGUGAGGUCAGGUGUAAUGUAAUGAGCCGAUUUGGUUGUUCGGUUGGCCAUGUCUAUCCUUGUGUGUCUGUGGAGUAGCACUGGGAUCACCAGCAAAAUGCCACCCCAACCAACAGGCCUCCCGCUGACUGACUUUACACCCUGACUCCCAGCCUGUCGAAGGGUGUGAAGCUUAACAGUAAGCUAAGUCAGGGUCUAGACUCCCACAACUUGGGUGACACACACGGGACUGGUUAGCCCAGCAGAGGAAAAAAUAUGAGUGUGUGUAGGGGGCCUUCUGGGUUUAUGGUGAGGGGAUAUGCCACGGCAAUAAAUAGAGAAUAUAUACUUUUAACUUACAGCCUGUGGAUGAAUACUGUUAUCAACUUAAUACAGAGGGGCAACCUCCCAAAGCAAAGUGUAUCUUUUCAUUGUGAACAUACAGGCAAAUUAAAGGUCUUUUGCCAUU